AUGGGGCCCCCGAGCAAUAGGGGAUCAUGGGGCCCCUGUGUCCUUGCCCAAACUCAAAAAAGCCUAUGAAAAAGGUACCAGGGGCAUCUCAUGGGGCCCCCUACUGACCCCGAGCCCUCAGGCAGUGCCCGAGUUUUCAAAUGGUCAGUCCGCCCCUGGGUAGGAAUCUGCCAGAAAGUAAAUCACAAUACCAGGGGCGGACUGACAACUCAUGGGGCCCCCGGGCAAUAGGGGAUCAUGGGGCCCCUGUGUCCUUGCCCAAACUCAAAAAAGCCUAUGAAAAAGGUACCAGGGGAGAUGGGCAUCUCAUGGGGCCCCCUACUGAUCCCGGGCCCUGAGGCAGUGCCCAAGUUUCCAAAUGGUCAGUCCGCCCCUGCAC